AACCUCAAAAACUCGGCAACAGAAGAAUACCAACUCCCAAUGAAACCAGAGUCAGAUUCCAUUUUCCCAUUUCCAAUUUCCCAUUUCCGACUCCAAAAUACAUACAGUAUCGUAUCCUGCAUAUCCACCAAAUCCCUUCCUUUUCGUCGAUCACUCCACUUGCAAUCACCCAAUUUUGCACAGGAUCACAUUCCCGCAGAGGUACUACAUCUUGUACUUGUAGAGAUCUUCACCAACAAAAAAGAAUUUGUUGAAUGGCGGCUCAAUGCCCUAAUUUGAUGCUACCGACGGAGGUCAGCCUUCCUGUAACGAGGUGCGCAGUUUCAUGGCGGACGCAGGUUGAGCGCGGUUCCUGUGUUCCUCAAAGGAGAAUUAAGCUCCAAAUUUCUGCGCUGGCGGGUGGUGAUGGCGGUAGUGGUAAGAAAGCAGCAACCCCAAAUUCGAAUUAUGUGGUACCUCUGGAUAUGUCGUCUAGCAUCACUCGGCCCCUCAAUGAGAUUCUCCGUGACCUCAAUAAAAGGAUCCCUGAUAACAUAAUCAAGACAUCUAAUGAUAAUUCAACAUUCAUCCCUUGGUACCAUGCAAACCGAAUGUUGAGCUUUUAUGCCCCAGGCUGGUGCGGGGAAAUUCGCGAUGUUAUCUUUUCUGAGAAUGGAAGUGUGACAGUGGUCUAUCGCGUAACAGUUCGGGGAUCGGAUGGAGAGGCACACCGUGAAUCAACUGGUACCGUGUCACCCCGUGACGGGGAUCAUGAUGAUCCAGUUGCAGCUGCAGAAGAAAUAGCAUUUUGCAAAGCAUGCGCUCGCUUCGGCCUGGGCCUGUAUCUUUACCAUGAGGAUUAGAAGCUUCGGAUCGAUGUUUGGUGAUGUUUUGAGUGAUGGAGAGAUCUUAAUUGAGGUAUUGUGUGCUGCUUCUGCUGCCUUGUGUUUGUUCUUGUAUUAAGUUAAUUCAUGUAUUACUUAAAUGAGUAUUGAGAAUUGGUAAUGAGUUGAGUGCAGCUACUAAUUUCAGUGUACAACAGGUUUCUAUCCCCACAACAUUAUUUUGAUAUCUUUAAAAUGAAAUAAGUUACUGUAUGUAAUAUAUGUUUUUUAAAACAAUAAUAACGUGACUAGUAAAAAGAAAUUAUAAUCG